GCCCGCUCAAACGACGCAGCACAAUGGGAUCGUGGGCCUCGAAACCAGACGAGGCAGAUCAAGAGCCCCCAAGAGGCGCCGGCAGCAAUGACGCCAGCAGCAGCGCCGCCCCGGACCCUCCCCUCGCCCGAACCACCUCCCGCCCCGGUGAUCUCCUCAACCCUCUCCCCGAGUGCCCGCCAGGCUUCACAGAACACAUCUACAAGCGCGCGCACGGCGUCGACGUGCCACUACGCAUCUGGCCUGCGCCGGCGAGCUAUACCCCCGCGCCCUGGGUGUUCUGGGUACAUGGCGGCUCGUACAUCGGCGGCAAGUGGUCCAUACCCACCGCCAACGUGAGCGUCGGGUUCGCGGCGCGGGGGUAUCACGUCGUGUCGGUCGGGCACCGGCUCACGCCGCAUGUCGGCGUGUCCGAGGUGAUCGAGGACUUGGUGGACGCGUACGUGUGGCUUCGGGCCAACUUGCCGAGCAUCCUCGGCAACGACAAGGUGUCGCUGGACGACAGCGUGAUCUACGGCGGCAGCGCCGGCGCGACGCUAGCGUUCAACACCGCUGAGUCGCCACGCGUCCGGGCCCACCCGCCGCGCGCGCUCGUGUUUCUCUACGGCGGAGUGGACCUCACCGACAAGUGGUACCACACCCCGCAGGACAUUCCCUUGCCGCCGUACCUCCUCCCGCACGAGGCGGACGAGUCGGACCUCGAGGCGUGGGUCAUGGACCGGGACGCGCGCAAGGCCAUCACCCAGAACCCGUGGGACGACGAGGUGCCCCCCAAGGCUAGUCUGGCGUCGCUGCGCCGCCACCUCGGAAUACCGGACUACGAAGUGACCCGCGAGGUCCUGUUCCGUAUCGACGCAGCGACGUACCUCACCAAGAAGCGGCGCAUCACGGCGACGUUUGUGCGCAAGGAGCGCUUCCCGGACCCUGUGGAAUGGCACGCCGAGCUGGCAAGGUGGAGCCCGCUGUUCAUCGCCGACACGCUCGACACCUUCCCGCCAACGUACAUCAUGCAGGGGGAAGCCGACGAGUACGUGCCCCUGUAUGAGCCGAAGAAGCUCGCGCACAAACUGCGCGAGCGCGGCUGGGAGGUUGUGGAGAAGUACGCCCCGGGCGGGCGGCACUGCUUCGACUGGGCUUACACUUCCCCUGAGCAGGAGGGGUGGAAGGACUAUAUCGACCCGCUGCUGGAUUUCGUCGACGAGAAGACCGGGAGAAGAGGAAGGGCAGGGCAGGAGGCGGCGGCGGCGUAG